GGAAGUGCUGAGAAUGAUACGAUCGGUUAUCGAACGUUCAAGGAGUAGAAAUAAGUUAAGCGUAAUUUGAAUCUAUUUUGCACAUGGAUUAAAACCAAAACGAACGAUUGCCAGCAUAAUUCGACGAUUUUCCUGCAGGCAGAAGACUUGACACUUUUUGGCAUAAGGUCAAAAUGGUAAUAAUAAAUUUCGUCGAUUUUUUCCAACGAAGUAGUUCGCUGAUUUUCAAGUUUGAAAUUUCAAAUACCCUCGUUCAGAGAAUUUUUCAAUCAAGUCUUAAUUCGGGGUGACUUCGAUGUUCGUUCAAUUGUUCGUCUUCUGUGAAGAGUUCAGCUCUGUCUGAAAUUGUACUAAAUUUCUCUCCAUUAUGGGGAAAAUAAUAACCCCGUUGUUGGUGAUAUUUUCGUGCAUUAUGUUUAUCGUAUCUCGCGCUAGUGAUGAACAAGAUUUCAAGAUCAUUGAUGAAGGACUUGAAAGUUUCUCGAAUGUUGUUUCGAUUUACAAAACAGAAUUCACUGCGGCGAAUUUUUCUCGGUUACGGAACACCGUGAACGAAUUUAAUCAUUCGAUGGCGAAUUAUUUGGGUAAAGCUGGAAAACAUCUGAAUCUAUUGAAUGCAUUGAAUAAUUGCACGAAACACGCUUACGAUGAUUGCGUUAAGCUAAUAUACGAUUCCUGUGAAGAGAUCAGCAAAACAAACGGUGGUUACGCUCACCACGAAAUGCUUUACCCUGAUGAUGAGUUCGGUGCUAAGAGCAAAUGGUAUAACACUGUUGGAAUAUCAUUUAUCUCUGAGAGAAGAGCUAACGAUUCAUUUACAUCAUUAAAAUAUCUAAAACGUAACGCGACUGAACUGAAGAAAAUAUUGGGUGCUGCGUUGAUCGAUAUAAAUAAUGAUUUUGGCCCGGAAGGCUUCUAUGUGAAGAAUAACCAACUAUCUGGAAGGCUGAUCCUGAAAAAACGAUCCCUGAGUAAAAAAAUAAACACAGCGAGGGCGAUCAUAGAUCGGUUCAGUAAUAUGAGUAUAGAAUUUCGCGAAGAUAAAAAUAACUUCGAUGCGUACGAUAAACUCUUUAGAUCUGCCUUUGACAACGAACGAACGUUAUUGACGAGCAAUGCAUCUCUCAGAGCUGAACUUAAUUCAAAAUUCAGAGAAUUGGCGAACAAAAAAUGCAACGAAUACAUGACAUGGUACCAAUCGAACCAUUACGAGUAAAUAUAGGUAACUUCGAUUUUACUGAACCGGAUUUUAUGGAUAGAAAUCGCGAAUGAAAUUAAUUAGUGAAAUAUUUAGUGAUAAUUUAACGCAUUUUUUAUGAAAUAAAAAUUCAAUUCAAAUUUAGAA